UAGGCCAGCGUUUCAGAUUUCUGCCUCCGAUUGAAAUACAUUGGCUUUGUAAAGGAGCUCCAAAUCAUCAUCUUCCAGGGGAUAGAGAAUGGACGAUAGUUGCGCGGUCUGUGCGGAGACUCUCGAAUGGGUAGCCUAUGGACCAUGCGGUCACCGUGAGGUCUGUACUAUCUGCGUCGCUCGCCUUCGUUUCAUCUGCAAUGAUCGCCGUUGCUGUAUUUGCAAGGCCGAGUCUGAUAUCGUAUUCGCUACUAAGGCGUUAGGGGACUACUCAAGGGUAAUAAGUGACUUCUCAUUAUUGCCAUCUGAGUUGAAGGAAGGUCGAGUUGGGUCUUAUUGGUAUCAUGAGGACACUCAGUCUUUAUUUGAUGACUUGGAGCAUUACAAGAUGAUUAAGGCUAUGUGUAGGCUAUCAUGCAGUGAAUGUGAUAAGAAUGAGGGUCAUCAAAUUGAUGGAACAAAACACCGUGGUAGGUUCAGGAAUAUUGAUCAACUAAAGGGGCAUCUGCACCAUCAGCAUAGAUUGAUCAUGUGUAGUUUGUGCUUGGAAGGAAGGAAGGUAUUCAUUUGUGAACAAAAGCUAUACACUAGGGAACAGCUAAAACAUCAUAUUAGUAGUGGUGACUCUGAGGUUGACGGUACUGAGUCCGAAAGAGGUGGCUUUACAGGGCAUCCUUUGUGUGAUUUCUGCAGGUCACCUUUUUAUGGUGACAAUGAACUAUACACACACAUGUCAACUGAACACUAUAAAUGCCACAUAUGCCAAAGUCAGCAUCCUGGACAAUAUGAGUACUACAAGAAUUAUGAUGACAUGGAGGUCCAUUUCCGUCGAGAACAUUUCCUCUGCGAGGAUGAAGCGUGUCUGGCUAAAAAGUUCAUAGUCUUCCAACAUGAGGCAGAGUUCAAGAGGCAUAAUACUUUAGAGCAUGGAGGACGCAUGUCACGUUCCAAGCGCAGUGCUGCCCUUCAGAUACCUACCAGCUUCCGGUAUAGGAGAAGUAAUGAUGGAGAAACCCACCAUGGAAGGGAAGGGCGCGGUUUUGGUGGUGAGUCCUCUGAUAAUCAUCUUGCCAUGGCAAUUCAGGCCAGUUUAGAAACUGCUAACAGCACAGUUAGAGCAGAUCCCGAUUCAUCAUCAUCAUCACAUGUACAAUCAAUCAGAGGUCAUGGAAGGAUUUCCGAUAUCGAUUCAAUUGUUGAAUCAUUCGAAUCCUUUACAACCACAGAUGGGGAUCGAUCCUCAAAAUAUCGUCAAGCUGUGUCUAACUCAAUGAACGCGCUGGAGGAGACUGCUUUCCCUCCUCUUCCUGGUAAUCAACAAAAAACAAAACGAAAUGCUGAAGCUAAUCCUACGAAUUAUUCUAUGGCAGCCCAUCUUCAACGUAAAAACAAGAGAAAGGCGAAAGUCUCCAGUCCGGCUCCAGCAUGGCCAUUUGUAAACCGAGGUCCCAUUCCAUCUUCUUCUGCAAGUGUAAGCCAAAUACAUACUAGGUCUACAACAACAAAUGUUGCAUCCAGUUCAAUUCGUCAAUCUUCUUCUGCUUCUUCUUCAUCUUCACAUUCACAUUCUGGUUCUGCGAUCAAGAUUAUUCAUUCCUCUUCCGCCCCAAACCUUGUUUCGAGUGAACGAGUUCUCGAUUUCCCUCCAGUAUCUUCAGUAGUCCGAAAGGUGCCAAGCCAGACCGUUCUUAAGGUGGAAGACGUACAAACAGCAAACAAGUCUUUAGUGGAAAGAAUCCGGUUAGCUCUAAACUUCGACGAAGAAAAAUAUUCUAUUUUUAAAACCAUAUCUGGAGAGUAUCGACAAGGACUUGUGGAUACAGAAGCUUAUCUGGCAUACGUUCAACAAUUUGGCUUAUUACAUCUUGUUGUCGAGUUAGCUAGACUCUGCCCUGAUGUAAAUAAGCAAAGAGAGCUCAUCGACACAUAUAAAAUUAAUUUCGCACGACUUGGACAUGAAGAUAAUGGCGAAAAUGGAGGCAACGAAUCAAAGAAGGGGAAAGGUAAGGGGAAAGAGAAAGAGAAAGAGAAAGGGAAGCAUGUAGCAGCUGUUGUUGAACGAGGAGGAGGUUCAAGGGAGAGGUUAGCAGAUGAUAUUAUGGCAACUGUGCAUAAAUUGCAGUCAGAUUUCAGGCGGCCUUCAGAGGAAGGAGGAGUGGUUGAAGUAUUGAUGAAGGAUGGAUAUAGAGGAGGUGGUGGGAAAGGAAAAUCAAAGGUGGUAGCGAUUGAUGAGCCGCGGGAGAAAACAAUUUUAUUACAUGCUCCUCCUCAACCGCCACUUCCUGGUCCAAGUAAGGUUGAAGUGGUGGGAAAAAGCAGUAAACAACAACAGCAGCGUAAGAAAACAUCGAAGUUUCAUAGAGUACGGCUUGGUGAUGGGUCGGUGGAAAGAUUACUUGAUAUAAGACAAGACGAUCAUCGAACUGCUUCAGUUGAAGAGAAGGACAACGUGGACGAAAGUAAAUUGCCUGUUCGUGGUGUUUGGAAGAAUGGUGGAGGUUUGAAACUGUUGGCUAAGACCAAGUAAGUAGUAAAUUCUCAGUGACACAAUCAGAUGUUUUUUUUGUUGGGAAAUUUGGUCUUCUUUUUUGGGAUCUGAUUUUGUUUUUGAGACAGGAAGAGAAAAUUUAGCUUUUUUUGCCUGGAUUUUAUUUAUAUGGGGGAGGAGCCCUGUGUCAAGAAUAUCAUCACUUGUUUACACACAUUGAUUUACUUCUUUUUUAUGAAGUAAUGUUGUUUUUUUGAGUCAGGAGAUUAUGAUCCCAUUUGCAAACAGUUUAUGUUUCUAACUCUGGAUCAGUAUUUUGAUUUUUGGAUCCUCGAGAAAUUCGAUUUCGAAAUGAGUCCUAUUGAAAUCCCUGUUUGUCUUUUGCUUUUACUUGGAUUUUAGGAAGAUUUAUUUUUUAGCUGGAAGUUUGAAGAAAUGUGUGUAUUUGUUGUUGUAUAUUUUGAAGUACAUUGGAAAUUUGUAAUGUGGUUCUUGAAACAAAAUCAGGCAUUGAAAAGAAGAAAGUUAAGAAAAUU